AAUCCGUCUUGUUCCACAGUGCUCCUAUUCGGCUCUAUAAAGCUAGCCACGAGUUGCCAUUGUUGGGAGAGUCCAUCUUGGAAGAAUUUAACGUUCGUAGGAGCCAGUGAGCGAUCCAAACCACUCUCGAAAUGUCUGAUACCGAGCAGCAGUACAUGGAGACCACCGAGAACGGCCAUGAAGCUGGCGAGACUGAAACUGCCGAUGUAAACGAGGCCGCCGCGGCUGAAGACCAGAACGGCGCUGAAGGUGAUCAGAUCAAUGCCAGCAAAGGCGAGGAGGACGCAGGGUGCGUACCUGAUAUUUCUUCCCCUUUAACUAAAGAAGAAGUGAAAAUGUUUGUUGGUGGCUUGAGUUGGGAUACAAGCAAAAAAGACUUAAAAGACUACUUUUCUAAGUUUGGUGAAGUAACAGACUGUACAAUCAAGAUGGACCCUAAUACUGGACGAUCUAGGGGGUUUGGAUUUAUACUAUUUAAAGACGCCGCAAGUGUUGACAAGGUAUUGGAACAAAAGGAACACAGGCUUGAUGGGAGACUUAUUGAUCCCAAGAAAGCAAUGGCCAUGAAGAAGGACCCUGUUAAAAAAAUAUUUGUUGGUGGGCUCAACCCAGAGGCAGGCGAAGAUAAAAUAAGGGAAUAUUUUGGAACCUUUGGUGAGAUUGAAGCUGUUGAACUUCCAAUGGAUCCAAAAACCAACAAGAGGAGAGGCUUUGUUUUCAUCACAUUUAAAGAAGAGGACCCUGUGAAAACAAUCUUGGAAAAAAAAUUCCAUAACGUCAGUGGUAGCAAGUGUGAAAUAAAAAUAGCACAGCCAAAAGAAGUUUACCAGCAACAGUAUGGUGGCCGAGGAGGAUUCAGUGGUGGUGGAAGAGGUAGAGGAGGUGGAAAAGCUCAAAGUCAAAACUGGAAUCAAGGUUACAACAACUAUUGGAACCAGGGCUACGGGAACCAAGGGGGGUAUGGCUAUGGUCAGCAAGGCUAUGGUGGAUACGGAAAUUACGACUACUCUGGAUAUCCAUAUUAUGGCUAUGGACCAGGAUAUGACUACAGUCAGGGAAGUGCUAACUAUGGAAAGGCUCCAAGGCGUGGCGGUCAUCAGAAUAACUACAAGCCAUAUUGAACAUUGCGUAUUUCAGGUAAAAACUGAACUGAUUUUGGGGUCUGCUUAAAGCUGCAGCUCUGCAUCUAGGGACUGCCUCUUGGAGUUAAGUAUGGACUCUAUUACUCCAGUUGUACAGAAUGACUCAUCCUAGGGAACCAGUGUCACUUUUCCAUCUUUUUAUUUUGUAUUGUUUUGUGUCAUACAUUUCCAGUAUUGGAAGUGUUAAUUUUACUGUACUUUUUGGUACCUUUUGGAAUCUAAUGUAUUGUAAGGUAUUUUACAUGUGUUCGGAUUCACCAUAACAUGGAUAUUGAAGCUAUCCUAGCUUUUGAAAUAAAACAAACUUUGAGUAA